GUUGCAUGUCAAAAGCAGAAUCAAGCAUUUGUCUGACAACAAAAACAUAGUAAAAGAGAGUUUGUUUUGGUUAAGAAUUUGUGUAUUUUUGUAGAAAGAAAGGUUUGUUUGAAACAGGCAUGGAAUCCCAAUUACACCGCCCUUAUGGCCAUACGGAUGAUCAAGAUCCCCAACACGCAGCGGUUGAGGAUGAAGGAGACCAUCAUCAUCAUGAGAAGACAUCAGUGAUGAGGAAAGUGAAGGCGAAAGCGAAGAAGAUCAAGGAGACUCUUGCCAAGCAUGGACUUGGUCAUGAACAUGAACAUGAACAUGAACGAGAUUAUAGUCAUGAUGAUCCUGAUGAAGGUGAAGAAAAUGAGGAUGAAGAAAUGGAAGAAGACCCUGAAGUCCAUGGUGCACCCAUCUAUGAGUCGACUGUGAUUGGAAGUGCAAUUCCUGCACAAAAUGUCAAUUUGGAGAAACCAACAGCAAUAGGGGAAACAGGCGCUACAAGGCCUGUUUUUGAGGGGCAAUCAGGGGAGAAUCUGGGAAAACCAUCAGCCAUGGAAGUGGUUCAUGCGCCUGAGGACAAGGAUAUAUCAUUUCCCCCUGAAAUUCGUCGAACAAAAGGGGAUUCAGGUGCCAGAAACGACAAUGAAAAUGUUGGCUCUCAGGGGUUUAGAAUUGGUGCUCUAGAAGGCUUAGAGGAAGAUCCUCAAGCGCCGAAAAACCGGCCAGGAGAAGUUCCGCCUUCAAAUUAUGAAACUAAAGUUACUGAUCCAACUGGAAAGGGUGGUGAAGAAGUUGGAAUAACCCCACUGAUCCAAUCCUUCAAUAAGAUGGGUGUUUAUGAUGAAUCAGUGCCUAAAUCGGAAUCAGGACAAGAGGGGUAUACAGGAAGCCAUGAUCAGUUUGCUCCAGAGCCAAAUCCUACUGAAGGCAAAUCUGAUUCAGCUCCAAAAAGUUGUGAUCCUAGCAAACCAGAAGACAACUUACCGCGUGACACAUUAACCGGAAAAUCAUCAGACCAGAGCGGUUAUGUUGAGAAGAUAUCACUAGCUACAUACACUAUUGCUGACAAAGCAAUCUCUGCCAAGAAUUUAGUCGCUUCCAAGCUUGGAUAUGGAGGCACUGAAGGUGGUAAAGUCCCUGAAACCGAUGAAAAAAAGAAUGCUGCAAAAUCAGGUGCAUCCCCAGCGGAGUAUGCACAUAAAGUCUCAGCGACAGUUACUGACAAACUGGCACCAGUUUACCAGAAAGUCGCAGAUGCUGGAAGUUCUGUGGUGUCAAAGGUGAAAGGCAGUACUGGAACAGGACAGGAAGGAUCUGAAACAAGUGGUGGUAAAGUGCCUGAUAAAGGUGUGUCUGUGAAGGAGUACCUGGUUGAGAAGUUUAAACCUCGUGAAGAAGAUAAGGCGCUUUCUGAGGUGAUAUCAGAGACUUUGCACAAGAAGAAAGAAGAGGUCGGAAAAACAGGUGAAUCAAAGCCAAUGGGGAAGGUGACUGAGUCAGAGGAGGUAGCAACGCAUCUUGGGACUGGAAUGGAGAGGAAGAGAGAGGGUGAAGAUGCCAUUGCUGCUGGUCGCGAAAGCAGUGGAAAGGGUAUGGUAGAUAGGCUUAAAGGGGCUGUCAGCUCAUGGAUUGUUAAAGGUCGUGAAGACCAACAAUAUUCUCAGGGGUCAGCUGAUUCAUCCAAUGUAAGAAAUGAAGGUUCUGCAGCUAGUGAUGAAAUCGGGCAUCGCAGACUCCAAGAAUCAGGCAACUGAUGCAAGUUGGUCCUAGCUCUUCAUCAGAGGUUUGGAGGCAUGUUUCUGCUGCUGCUUUGCUACAUGUUUUUAGGAAAUAUGGUUUAAGACAAAGUGAAAAAUACCUUUGUGUCUAGAGUUAUAUGGACUCUAUGCUUAUUAUGUAUAAAGGAUGAAUAUAAUUACUGUGCUGUGUUUGGAUGUUGUGUAACAAUUGUGCCGUUUGUAUGAAGUUUGUUGUUUGUAUUUGAGUGAUCAA